UCAGAUCAUUUGGGGGCAUGUCGAACUCAGAAAUGAAUGGCAUGGCUGGUGUUGCGUGCAACUAGAGUAGCCUGCUGCUCAGGUACUGUACUGAUCUUGGGUCAAUGAACUCUAGCGAUAUAUUAAAGAAGAUUUGACUUUCUGACGGAACCGAAAGGAGGACGUCCGGCCGGCAGAUGUCUGGUGUGUAGUCAGAGGAGGGCUUUGUGCUGUGCUAGAUUGGAGGCACUGUUCACAGGUGAGUUUCCGCCAUGCAGCAGGUGCUGAAUAACCUGAGAGACCUGCCUCCGACCACAGGGGCCCAGGACAUCGACCUCCUCUUCCUCAGAGGCAUCAUGGAGAGCCCCAUUGUCCAGUCUCUGGCUAAGGCCCACGAGCGCUUGGAGGAUGUGAAGCUAGAAGCAGUGCGGGACAACAACCAGCAGCUGGUCUCUGAGAUUCUGGACUCCCUCACCGGGCUGAAUGGUAGUGACACCUCCGCCGAGGAACUAGCCAAGAUCCUCCAGGAACCACAUUUCCAGUCCCUUAUCGAUGCCCAUGACAAAGUGGCCGCCAGGUGUUAUGAGACUCCGCCCUCUGAGGUGAACAGUGGUGCCACGGCAACUGGCCCGCCCGCACCCGUCGACGCUGUCAGGAUGAUAGGCAUCCAGAAGAAGGCUGGCGAGCCGCUGGGGGUGACAUUCAAGGUGGAACGCGGAGAGCUGGUGAUUGCCAGGAUCCUGCAUGGCAGUAUGAUCGACCGGCAGGGCAUGCUGCACCCAGGGGAUGUCAUCCGGGAGGUGAACGGCCGUGAGGUGGGCAACGACCCUAAGGAGCUCCAGGAGGUGCUGAGAGACUGCCAUGGGGGCGUCACCCUGAAGAUCCUGCCCAGCUACCGAGACACGCCGGCACCGCCACAGGUGUACCUGAAACCACAGUUCAACUACAACCCAGCCACAGACAACCUGAUCCCCUGUAAAGAGGCAGGCCUGGCCUUCUCCAAAGGAGAGAUCCUACACAUUGUCAACAGAGAGGACCCCAACUGGUGGCAGGCUGUCAACAUUGUGAGAGGAGCCACAGGACUGAUCCCUAGUCAGUUCUUAGAGGAGAAGAGGAAAGCCUUUGUGAGGAGGGAAUGGAAUGGAUCAGGCAUUCUCUGUGGCACACUAACAGGAAAGAGGAAGAAAAAGAAAAUGAUGUACCUCACUGCCAAGAAUGCAGAAUUUGACCGCUACGAGCUGCAGACCUACGAGGAGGUGGCCAAGAUGCCGCCCUUCCAGAGGAAGACGCUGGUUCUGAUUGGUGCUCAGGGCGUGGGUCGGCGUAGCCUGAAGAACCGGCUGAUUGUCGUCGACCCUCUGUGCUUUGGAACAACUGUCCCUUUCACAUCUCGCCCGGCGCGGGAGGAUGAGCGAGACGGCCAGUCGUACUGCUUCGUGUCUCGGGCUCAGAUGGAGGCGGACAUAAAGGCCAGCCGCUACCUGGAGCACGGAGAGUACGACGGAAACCUGUACGGAACCAAGAUGGACUCCAUCCACGAGGUGGUGAACGCAGGGCGCACCUGCAUUCUGGACGUCAACCCGCAGGCGCUGAAGCAGCUGAAAACUGCGGAGUUCAUGCCAUUUGUGGUGUUCAUCGCUGCUCCAGAACUGGACACAUUGAGAGCCAUGCACAGAGCUGUGGUGGACGCUGGGCUCACCACCAAACUGCUCACGGAGAGUGAUCUGAAGAAGACCGUUGACGAGAGCGCCAGAAUUCGCCGGGCCUACAGCCAUUACUUCGACCUCACAAUCGUCAACGACAACCUGGACAAGGCCUUUGAACAGCUGCAAGCGGCCGUGGAGAGGCUGUCUUCUGAGCCCCAGUGGGUCCCAGUCAGCUGGGUAUACUGACUGUCUUCGUGUGCCACCUAGACUGCCCCCUACUGGGUGGCAGGAGACACUGCGCUGCUGGGCCAAAGGAUAACGCAGAGACUCAGUUGAUGUUGUGUCUAGACACCACGGUUGAGGCAUUUCAGUUCAGCUAGUUGUUCCUUAAGGAAAGUGGAGAAAAAUCUAUUUACUGAAGUUGAAGUUAUUGAAAUGUAAUUCACCCCAAGCCUUGUAACCACUGAUACAGGGUCAGAAUGUGUUACCACACCAUUCAUGGUUUAGGUUACGGUUGUGGUCAGGGAAUCCUACAUCUGUGGUUGUGUGACUACUCCACAGGGGCAUGUGAGGAAAGACACUCAGACUUAGAUUAAUUCUGACUUGCCACAGGAACGUUUACCCAGUGUCAUUAUUAGUGUUGAUCUGUGCCCAAAUUCAAAGAAACCUCAAAUUCAAGGAACUGAAAGCAUAUUAGUUAGAGGGGUCGUUCUGUUACCAUACCAGUUACCGGGGGUUCUUUCUGGUACCAUACCAAUAACCAGGGGGUUCUUUCUGGUACCAUACCAGUAACCGGGGGGUUCUUUCUGGUACCAUACCAGUAACCGGGGGGUUCUUUCUGGUACCAUACCAGUAACCGGGGGGUUCUUUCUGGUACCAUACCAGUAACCGGGGGGUUCUUUCUGGUGCCAUAGCAGUUACCGGGGGGUUCUUUCUGGUACCAUACCAUAUAAGGGGGAGGGGGGGUCAUCCUGGUAGUAUCUUUAGGUUUUUAAACAGUACCAAAGACCAGUCCGAGGCGGCAACAGUGUAAAUACUGCCAUUGCCGUUUGAUUGCAUUGAGCCCUUUUAAUGAUUAUGUGUAGAAUACAUGCAGCCCUAGUAGAGCCUGGCAAAAGCCGUCGAUACACUAUGCAACUCUGCCCGGAUUACAAAUGGCACCUUUUUGUAGUAGUGAACUACAUAGGCAGUAGAGUUUCAUUUGGGAUGGAGACAAUGUUCACAAUACACAAGAAGUGUACUUAUUUAUUGAACUUUGUUUUGUAACUAACUGAAUACCUUUCUAUUCACACAGAUUUGGAGAGAGAAACCAAAUUGUGUUACUUUUGUCUGUUGGUUGCUCUCGUCUACUAUAGUAUAUUUAGGUAAUGUUUUGAAGAAUAUAAAUAAGUUGCAGUGGACUUGAGUGACAACAAUGUGAUUGGUCUGUUUUCACUCACGUCCAUGUUAAGUCUACUAACCUAGAAGGCUUAGAAGGGCUUGUUGUUUGAAACCGGGGAAACCUCUGUGUUACACACCUCUUCGCACUUUAAGGUGCAUACAGUACUUCAUCUCCUGGGUUGUCCCGAAUGGAAACACCCUCCCUAUAUAGUGCCCUUUUGACACAGGCCCCAUCCCUAUUCAUAAGCAGUGUACCAUAUUGGGAAUCGGGUGCCAUUUGGGAUGUAGCCCUUGGCCAAGAUUCAAUCGGGGUGUGGAAUAUCCAUUUUGUUGAGUGACUGAAAUUGACUGGUAAUCCCCAACCAAGCUAAUACCUACAGCGUUUACUUUGAGUCAAUCCACAACUGCAUUGAUAUUGCCUUUAAAAGGCCCCAGGCUGAACAGGGGUUAUCAGAUCGCCCUAUCAGAUCAUGCCUGCUGUGUUGAUCAAAUUUAUUUUUUACCUGACAGAUUGCUAUGACUGUGCAUGAGGUUAAUAAAUACACAACCAGGCCUUGUAAGAUCUCAGGCAUCAGCAUCUUCUGCACAGAAGAAUGCAUUUCACAUCGUGGCCCCCUUCCAUGUUGGCUAACAGAAUUUUUUUUCCAUCCAGUGAAUUUCAAACCUGCCCCAUGUACCUAUUAAGCCGCUAGAAGGGCCUCCUACAGGUGCAUCUCAAGAAAUGUUUAUAUUGUGGAAAAGUUCUUUUUUCCAUGUAAUUCAGUGACAACUUCAUAUAUUCUAGAUUCAUUACCCAAAAGGAAACAUUUCAAGCUUUUUGUUAAAAAUACAUUCUUGACGAUUGCUACUUACAUGGAAAUAAAAAGAAUCCAGUAUCUCAAAACAUUCAGGAAAAGAAAUAAAAUUAUAAUACAGAAAUCUCAACCUGAGAAGAGCUCUAAUCAGCAGCAAACCAGUUACCAGUGGUUUUGGCACUGUGGGCAAAUGCCAAGUUCUGCUGGGAAAAGAAAUCAGCAUCUCCAUAAAGCUUGUCAGCAGAUGGAAGCAUGAAGUGCUCUAAAAUCUCCUGGUACACUGCUGUAUUGACUCUGAAAUUGACAAGACACAGUGGACCAACACCAACAGAUGUCAAUGGCAUCCCAAAUCAUCAGUGACUGUGGAAACUUCACACUGGACUUCAAGCAACCUGGAUUCUGUGCCUCCACUCUUCCUCCAGACUCUGGGACCU